CUGCACGGGGUCCCUUUCACCGUCAAAGACUGCGUGGAUACCGAGGGCGUGGUCACCACGCGCGGCUCCAAACUCUUCGAGGACCACGUCCCGGAGACCGACGCUACGGUUGUAAGGCGCCUCAAGGACGCCGGGGGCAUCUUCAUCGCCAAGUCCAACAUGCCAGAGUUCGCCCUGUGGUGGGAGACUGACAACCUGGUUUACGGCCGCACGGAGAAUCCGUGGAUGAUCGGCCGCACCCCCGGCGGCUCCAGCGGGGGAGAGGCCGCCGCCGUUGCCUCAGGCAUGUCGCCACUGGGCAUCGGCAGCGACGUGGGCGGUUCAAUCCGGGAGCCUGCCAACUACUGCGGCAUCGUCGGACUCAAGGCCACCCACGGGCGAAUCCCGCUCACCGGGCACUGGCCGACACCCUGCUUCGCUUUAUGCAUGUAG